AUGUCGCCGUCGGAUCCGAAACCGGUUGAUGCUGCUGCAACCGAGAAGCAGCAGGAACAGAUGCAUGAACCACCACAGCCACCACUUGCGCCGUCGAUUUCCGAGAAACAGGAUGAGCGCCUCGACACCAACAGGCCGGAGCACUUGGGCCAUCUCGACGACCCUGAAGAUCACUCGCCGAUGUCGCGCAGCCACACCAACAGCCAUAUGAAUACCACUUCCAGCAGCGAUGACGAAUAUGACACCGAGAAGGACAGCGACGAAGAUAACGACGACUAUGACGGCCACCGCAUCACCAGCCGAGACAUCCGCCUGACACGCAGUCGCACUAACAGAAGCAUCAGACCCAGCACCAAGGAAGGACCAGAGUGCGCCAACACUACUGGCAGACUUGACCUUGCAAAGACAGUUUCUCGUCGUGACACCGUCCUCUCGCGCCUGCGAUCUCGUCCUACCGCCCGUCAAGAGUUCACCCACCCGCUAGCGCACACCCCGACUGGGAAGGAUGUCAUCGUCGACUUUGAUGGCCCCGACGACCCCUACCGGCCCAUGAACUGGCCCAUGAAGAAGAAGGUCAUUACCACGCUACUUUACGGCUUGAUCACCAUGAGUGCCAGCUGGGCUUCCUCCAGUUACUCGGCCGGUACUGCACUGGUGUCAAAAGAGUUCCAUGUUGGCCACCAAGUAGCGGUCCUGGGCACUUCCAUCUUCUUGGUUGGUUUUGGUAUCGGCCCCCUUCUGUGGGCGCCGUUGAGUGAGGUUUUCGGGAGGAGAGUGGCCGUCUUCGUGCCCAUGUUCUUUGCCAUUUGCUUCAGCUUCGGUAGUGCUACUGCGAAGGACUAUCAGACUUUAAUGAUCACUCGCUUUUUCGGUGCCUUCUUUGCUUCGGCCCCUGUGACCAACACCGGUGGUGUGCUGGGAGACUUGUUCUCGCCUGCGGAAAGAGGUAUCGCUAUGGCGGGAUAUGCCAUGGCAGUUGUUGGCGGCCCAGCUAUCGGCCCCGUUGUCUCAGCGGCAGUUGCCAUUCAACCCAGUCUUGGCUGGCGCUGGACACUCUACCUCACUGGCAUUCUCCAAGCCUUCGUUCUCGUCCUCGGCAUGAUCUUCAUUGACGAAUCCUACCCUCCGCGCCUGCUCGUCAACAAGGCGCAGCGUCUGCGCAUGGAAACCGGCAAUUGGGCGCUCCACGCUAAGUUUGAGGAAUGGGAUGUCAGCUUCUCCGAGCUCGCCCAAAAGUUCUUGUUCCGCCCUGUCCAGCUCCUCUGCACGCCCAUCUGCUUCCUCGUCGCCCUCUACGCUAGCUUCUGCUACGGUAUCCUGUACAUGCAGUUGGGCGCAAUCCCCAUCAUCUUCGGCGAGGUGCGCGGUUGGAAGCAGCUUGUUGCUACUCUGCCGUUCUUGUGCAUCUUCCUUGGUGCCAUGAUCGGUUGCGGCGCGAACGUCUAUAACCAGUUCCUGUACAACAAGGCUUACCGCGCCGCUGGCAAUCGCGCCGUUCCUGAGCGCCGUCUACCGCCUAUGAUGGUUGGCUCCGUCAUAUUUUCAGGUGGACAGUUCAUGCUCGGUUGGACUGCGCCGAAGGACAUCCACUGGAUCGUGCCCUGUAUCGGUCUGGUUUGUCUUGGAUCGGGAUUCUUCAUGAUCUUCCAGGCGGCGCUGAACUACUUGGUCGACACAUUUACGAGAUAUUCGGCCUCGGCAGUGGCCGCGAACACGUUCCUGCGCUCGUGCUUUGCGUGUGCGUUUCCCUUGGUUGUCGGACCCAUGUUCCACAACAUUGGUGUCGGCCCCGGAUCGUCGAUUACCGGCGGGUUUGCGGCUUUGUUGAUACCUGUUCCGUUUGUGUUUUUCGUCUAUGGAAAGAGGAUUCGGAGGAGGUCGAAGUGGUCGAGACCGAGUGUUUACGACUGA